AUGAACAAAAGCCAAUCUCCGUCGUCUUCUUUAAGAAGAAAGCAAAACGAAUUGGAUACGAGAGAAAUCCUUUCUGCCAAAAACCUUACAAAUGGGGAAAAGCUUACAAACAUUGAAGAGAUUUGUUAUUUUUUGUGUUUUUCAGAUAGUGUGUCCAUCCAGAAUGUUGUCAAUGCCACCAGGGUGUUGGUUGAUCCUGAGGCUGCUGCCUUUAAGGAUGGGCUUGCUCUACAUGGUGUUAGGCCUUCUAUUGAGGAAGUUUUUCUUCAUUCCUAUCUUGUUAUGUCAGUUUCGGAUUUGAACUUGUUGGUGGAUGAUGAGACGUUUGUUGUUGCCGCAACCAUUGUUGGGCUUGUUCGAGGGGAUGAUCGGUGGUAUCCUACUAUUAUUUUGGAUGUUGCGUUGGGUCUUAUUUGGCAUCCUCAUGUUCCUUUGAAGGUGUCUAUUUUCGCUUGGCGACUCAUGUGGGAUAGGUUACCUACCAAAGGCAAUCUGGUCUCUAGAGAGAUUUUAUCUGCGACGGCCCAUCAUUGUGUUUCUGGCUGUGGAGAGGUUGAGUCGACUCCGCAUUUGUUCUUCUUUUGCAGCAUUUUUGGUGCUCUUUGGUCUCUUGUCAGCUCUUGGAUUGGCUCUUCAUUGUUGACUGUUCAGGUUCCUUCAGAGCAUUUUGUUCAGUUUACUGUUUCAGCAGGUGGUCUUCGAGCUCGACGUUCCUUCAUGCAACUCAUAUGGCUUGCUUGUGUGUGGGUUGUGUGGACCGAAAGAAACUAUAGGUUAUUCAAAGGCUCGGCAAACUCAUUACAUUCUAUGUUGGACAAGAUCAAGAUUUUUUCUUAUAGGUAG